AUGCUUCUGCUCCUUCUGCCCACUACAGUAUCAUUACUGCUGCUGAAAUCCUCAUCUGGUAAUCUUAGUCAAGGAAAUUCUCCUCCUACGACUAACAAAGCAGUAACGGCGACUGACCUGUUGUCUAUAAUAAAUGGUGCCAGAGAAAAUCGAUCAUCAUAUCUUUCGGACCAUGAUAGCCAUACGGGUUCGAGGGCCAAUGAAACCGGCCAGCUCACGGAGCCAACUCCUGAUGAUAAGCUUAUUUAUUCCCUUUUGUCUGAUCAGCCACAUGAUUCUUCUUCUCCAAAGGAUCGGAAACGAUCCACGCCUACUUCUCUGACAACCCGAAACACUCGGACAUCCAGGUUCUACGGCGAUUAUUCAAGUGGUGGACAUCCACCCGAAGUCUAUCGGGACGUCCACUUGAACGAGCGCCGACUCUACCAUGCUCUGCAAAUAAAAUCCUUUGCGGAUGGCACAGAAGAGCGCUUGUAUCGAACAUUGUUGUCAGAGGAUCGAUACGAGAAGGACGUACGACCUACUGCACAUCAUACACAACCUACAAAUGUUACAUUUGGCUUCCUUCUCAAUCAAAUAGUCGAAAUGGAUGAGAGAAAUCAAGUGCUCACGACAAGAAGUUGGCUGAAUAUCAAUUGGAUGGACAAGCGCCUAGUAUGGAAUUACACGGAGUGGGGAGGCAUCAAAACGAUUUACAUCCCAUAUCGACGGCUAUGGAAACCUGACAUCAUCCUAGUGAACAAGCAUUCAGAUGCGAAACCGUCCUAUGUUAGUAUGUGGUGCGCACGCAGACGCUCCUAUUCUCCUGGAAAGACCGAUUUCAAACAAUCGACCGAGAAGCGAUGA